GCAACUUGGGUUGUGGCUUUUUCAACCCCAGCUGUCCUAUUUGUAGCAAAGCAGUUGUUGGGAUGGGACCAAAUUGACCCAUCCUGCACCUCUUUGUGGAUUUUCAAGACAACCAUCAAUGUCAUUUAUGAUUUGUGUUAGGUCAGAAAUUCACAAGUGUCUGGUUUUCCGAAACUUGAAGAAUAUAACCUUUGAAAUUUCACAUACCUCACAAGAGUUUUUGGUUCCGUUGGUAUUGAACUCUGUUCAGCUUCCUGCAAUUUUCUGCACAUGAGGUUGCACCUUGUAGUCCAACACAUCUGCUCCCCAAGUUUAUAGCAUGGCAGCAAGGUUAAUAUAUGUGGUACUCGCCGUUGGAAAAAUCAGAGUUUGUGGUAUAUAAGAUGGCCUUAACCUAGAUUUAGAGCAGUUAGGUAGAAACCUCUCUCCUUCUAAUAAAAUUCUGUAGUUGCUUCAAACAAGACUAGAUGACUGUGGAUGAAGUGGAUAGUAGCUCUGAGUGGAGCAGAGAGCAGGAUAAAGCAUUUGAAAAUGCGUUGGCAACUUAUCCGGAGGAUGCUUCAGAUCGAUGGGAGAAGAUUGCGGCUGAUGUGCCGGGGAAGACUAUAGAAGAUAUCAAACAGCAUUAUGAGCUCUUGGCUGAGGAUAUUAACCAGAUUGAAUCCGGUUGUGUGCCUCUACCAUCCUAUAAUUCUUCUUCAGAGGGUUCAGCAAGCCAUGCUAGUGAUGAAGGAGCUGGCAAGAAAGGUAGUGGUCUUGGAAAUUAUAACAGUGAAUCUAAUCAUGGAAAUAAGCCUUCAAGAUCAGAUCAGGAACGGCGAAAGGGGAUUGCUUGGACAGAGGAUGAACACAGGUUAUUUCUUCUGGGCUUGGAAAAGUAUGGAAAAGGUGACUGGCGAAGCAUAUCAAGGAACUUUGUGGUAACAAGAACACCUACUCAAGUAGCUAGCCAUGCCCAGAAAUACUUCAUUCGUUUGAACUCGAUGAACAAAGAUAGAAGGCGAUCCAGCAUACAUGAUAUCACCAGUGUUAACAAUGGAGACAUUUCAGCGCCUCAAGGACCGAUUACCGGUCAAACGAAUGGUUCUGCCGGAAAUUCUACUUCCAAAGCAGCAAAACAAGCCACUACAGCAUCAACUGGGGUGCCUGGUGUUGGAAUAUAUGCUGCUCCUACCAUUGGACAACCUAUAGGAGGACCCUUAGUAUCUGCUGUUGGCACCCCAGUGAAUCUUCCUGCUCCUCCACACAUGGCAUAUGGUGUCCGGGCCCCGGUUUCCGGUGCAGUUGUACCCGGUGCACCGGUGAACAUGGGCCCUGUGACGUACCCUAUGCCGCAUACAUCUGCUCCUCACAGGUGAUGUACUAUUUAGAGGCCUAAUGUACAAAACAAAACCAACAGUCUAGUGGUGGCUUCUGUUGUUAAUGUGAUUCUUUUCUUAGACAAUUGCUUUUUGCUUAUUAUAUGCAAGCAUGAGUUAUGUGGAUAAUCAGUCAUUUAAAAUAAGCCAUAUGAGGAAGCAAUUGAAUGUAUGCGUAUAGGCUGCCAUGGAAUGUUUGACAGCCUCAAGUUCAACAUAGGACAGCAUAAAAGUACGGUUGUUCUGUAGACCUUUGGAUUUCUAUUGUUAGACCGUGCUACAGAGGAAGGUUCUAUGGAUUUCAAGUGUAAAUUAUUGUUGCAUACUCUUGGGUUUUGUAGGAAAUAAACCCUUCAUCCUUAACUUUUUCGGUUGUAAGUUACUAUCAUUGGCAUGGAUUUUUAUAGUUUACUAUGAGUCUGUUUGAAUAAAAUUUUCCAGAAGUACUUUUAGGAAGCAAAAA